CACUUGCCUACGAAGUACGAACUCACUGUAUUGACAUUUUUGUUGCAUCUUUUUCUGAGAAAUUGUCUAAUAAUAGUCAUUAAUAUACAUACACACACACUCAGCAAGAAGAAAAGGAAAAUGGACAGAGGUUUCGGGGAGGAGUUUGUGGAGGUUGGAUUGAGUGAUAGCGUUAUUCCGGACGGAGAAAAAGAGGACGAUGAUGAUGUGGAUAAAGAGGUUGUAAGGAUUCUGAGAGAUGCCCUGGACAAAGAUAAGGUGGUGGAAAGAGUUGAUCUUUCUGGGCGCCAGCUGAGAUUUCUACCAGAACCCUUUGGCAAGAUUCACGGGUUGGUAGUUCUGAAUCUCUCCCAUAAUCAGCUUGAGGUCAUUCCCGACUCAAUUUCAGGACUACAGAAAUUGGAGGAGCUCAAUUUGUCAUCCAACUUUCUGGAAACAUUACCAGAUUCCAUUGGCUUGUUGGUAAAUCUGAAGAUCCUAGACGUGUCAGGAAAUAAACUAAAGAAACUCCCGGAAAGUAUUGCUGGUUGCAGGUCUUUACUUGAGUUGGAUGUCGGCUUUAAUAACUUGAUGUUUUUGCCGACAAAUAUUGGUUAUGGGUUGGUAAAUCUUCAAAAACUGUCUAUUCACUUGAACAAAAUCAGAGCUUUCCCAAACUCUAUUUGUGAAAUGAAAUCGUUGAGAAAUUUGGAUGCUCAUUUCAAUGCGAUCCAUAGUCUGCCACAUGCAAUCGGAAGGCUCACGAAUCUUGAGGUCUUGAAUGUGAGCAGCAACUUCAGUGACUUAACUGAAAUACCCGAAACAAUUGGUGAUCUGGUCAGUCUGAGAGAGCUUGAUCUUAGCAACAACCAAAUAAGAGUUCUUCCCGAGACAAUUUACCAGCUUCAAAAUCUAACAAAGCUUAACGUGGAUCAGAAUCCACUUGUAAUUCCUCCGAUUGAGAUUGUGAACAAAGGGGUCGAAACUAUCAAGGAAUACAUGAUGAAGAGACGGCUCGAUAUGUUAGAAGCUGAACAGCAGCGGGAUUGGGUCAAAGAAAACAGGGAAGCCGAGACAGGAUGGGUGGUAUGGGGCACGUCGGUGUUGCAUAACGUUUAUUCGGGAGUUUCCCAGACUGUUGCUGGAUAUGUAGGAGGUAAUGCCCCGAAGGAUCCGCUCUUGGAUCAGCAGCUACAGAUCAUCCACACUGGAACCAGGGGAUUCACAAGGAAGCAUUUCAACCAAUUUAUAAGCACCUGACGCUGGAAAGUUUUAAAACGUUGAUAAAUCAGUACUAUCAAUCAUGAUCAAAUAAAUUAAUGUAAAAAUUUAUUUGUUUUUAUUACAGCUAAUUAUGGUUUUAGCUAUGAUCAAAUUAUUUGUUAUGAUUUUU